AUUAAACUAAAAAUAAUGUAAAAUAGAUUUCAACGCCAAACCCAAGUAAACAUCCUCCCGCCAUAGACACCCUCCGUCAUCCUCUGAUCGGUACAGCCUCAAUGCCUCAUUUCAAUUCCUCAGCAUUUUCUCAAAAACAUUGGGACUGAUCUAUGAAAAAAACCCUAAUUCGUUCCCGUUGACAAAUUCCGAUCAGAUCCACAACCCAAUUAUGAAGUACAGAGGGAAAAGGGUUUUGGUGUUGAAAGCCAAGCUAAGGCCCCCCAUCGUUUUCUUCCUGUGUUUCUGCUUCUUUCUUGCCGGGAUGUUUGGAUCCAUUAUUUUAUCCCAGGAUAUAAAUAAGAAUGGGUUUAGGCAUAAAUUGGCUGAAGAGUUACGCGAAGAAGGCGACCCGAUGGUUCAUGGUGAAACUGGAGAAUCUGUCAUUGCCUCUAUCCCAUUUCAGAUUUUGAGCUGGAAGCCACGGGCCGUUUAUUUUCCUAAUUUUGCUACUGAUGAGCAGUGCCAAAGUGUGAUUGAAUUGGCGAAAAGCAAGCUUAGACCUUCAUCACUUGCUUUGAAGAAGGGAGAGACAGCUGAGAGCACGAAGGGUAUAAGAACGAGUUCAGGCAUGUUUAUCAGUGCAUCAGAAGACAAAAGGGGCAUUCUGGAGUUUAUCGAGAAGAAAAUUGCUAGAGCAACAAUGUUACCAAGAAGCCAUGGGGAGGCAAUUUUUUUAAUCCUUCUUCAAUGCUGUGACUAUUCUCCAGCUUUUAAUGUUCUGAGGUAUGAAGUGGGACAAAGAUACGCUUCUCACUACGACUCGUUUGACCCAGCUGCAUAUGGCCCACCAAAAAGUCAAAGGAUUGCAUCUUUCUUGCUGUACCUAUCUGAUGUGGAAGAAGGUGGAGAAACCAUGUUUCCCUUUGAGAAUGGCUCUAACAUGAAUAUUGGAUAUGAUUACCAAAGCUGCAUCGGUUUAAAGGUGAGGCCACGGAGAGGGGAUGGUCUUCUGUUCUAUUCGACUUUUCCAAACGGGACUAUUGAUAAGACCUCACUACAUGGAAGCUGUCCGGUUGUGAAGGGUCAGAAAUGGGUUGCCACAAAAUGGAUCAGAGACAAAGAAGCGAUCGAAUUCCACUGAUUCUUGCAUGUAACACGGUAUGAUCCUUGUAAUAAUUCUGACAACUUAUGUACUUUGGUCCAGUUAAUGAAAGAACUAAUUGUUAUGAAGAGAAUAAAGUGUUGAAAUUAAUGAAACCACUUAACUGCUUAAGAUAAAUGACAUGUAAAUGUAAUAUCUGAGUGCUACUUGUUCAGGCAACCUUGACAAUCCUGAAAUACCAACACAGGUUCCAUAGUAAUUUAUGAAUAAAGUAAAUUGCCUUUUUAUCGGGGGUUUACGUAAGGGCGCGCAAUGUUUCAUGUGCGUAAUAUUUUGGAAGAUUGUCGAUGUCUCUUUCAUAUGAAUAAGAACUGACAAAACAAACUAAAUUGCUAAAGCG